UUGGAACAGAACCCGAUCAGUGUCCGGGGGAACUAUUUGCUUUGCCAUCAUCGUCUGGUCGUCUGGUUCCGAAAAGUAGUUUGUCAUUCAUUAACAGUUGAAUGUGUACAUCCGAAGCGAUCGGAAGACUCGAUAAGCCCGGGAACGAUUGGCGAUUUGCGCGAUAUCUCAGUGCGUCAAAACACCUGGAUGGGAUCAUAUGCUUGUUAGCUAGAAAGAGUGAAAAAAAAACGUUUAAUAACUUGAUUGGAAUUGAUUAAUUGAUCGUGGGCCGGUGACUCAGUGUUGUGAAAAAAAAAGUUGAAAACAAACGAUUAUGAGUUCAUUUUCCAACCACCCCAUCGGGUUGCUUCCGGUGGAGGAAAACUACGACCCAAACAAACCGUCGAUUCCGGAUUUCUACAACGGGAGGGACAUCUUCAUAACCGGGGGUUCCGGGUUCAUGGGUAGGGUUCUGAUCGAAAAGCUACUCCGGUCGUGUCCUGGCCUCAAUAGGAUCUUUAUUCUGAUACGCGGCAAAAAGCAGAAGACAGUGUCCGAAAGGAUUAAAGAAAUUCAGGACCUCCCGUUGUUCGAGACGCUGCAGAAGCAGAACCCCUCGCAGCUGGACAAAAUGAUUGCGGGUGAUGUUGAUGGUUAUUGCAUGUUUUAG